AUGGCUGGGGCUGGAUCCAACAUGCUUGUACGAGUACACGCGUAUGUAAAGCUGCUUGCGGUGACUACAUGGAUCAUGGCCAUUUGGCCGUUUCUGUCAUCGUGGUCUGGAUCCUUCAUCCUUUGGUUCAACAUUGGCUUUGAAAUUCCAAGACCGACCCUCGCCUCUACUCUAUUACAGCUGGUGGUCACGGGCACAGCAUGGGUUGUGCGGUCGGAGGUGGUGCUUGCGGUGGCGCAUUCAACUGUGCUGGUCCUCCUCUCGGGAAUUGGUGCUGUGCCUGGGCCAGGCAUCUCCUGUGGUGCAUUCUUGGCAGCCAAGGAGCAAAGCACGCGGCCCUGGCUAGCUGUGGGCGGUGGCGUAUACCGGGGCACGAUCAGCACCACCAAGUACGGCCUGACGUGCCAAAAGUGGAGCGAUCACUCGCCGCACAAUCACACGCACAUCACGCCAGACACACACCCGGGCACUGGCCUCGGCGACCACAACUACUGCCGCAAUCCCGACCGGAGCGAGGGCAGCGCCUGGUGCUACACCACCGACCCGAGCCAGCGCUGGGAGGACUGCGACAUCCCGGCACCCGAUGCGGAGACCUUCGUGGAGACGGUGGAGGAGGUGAUCGAACAAAUGGAGGAGCAGGCAAAGGAGCACCCCGCAGAGGCUGGGGGUGCCGUAACUGGCGUGCUCGUUCUCUCGGCGGCCCUUUGCUGCGGCCUCUGCUACUUGUGCCGCCGCAAGGGGAAGCAGGACCGCAAAAUGAACGAGCUGCGGGUGCGCGAGCGCGCCUUCGACGCGGAGAUCGCGCGCUCGAGCACGGAGCUCGCCGACGAGAAGGCGAUGCAGUGCAAGGCAUCGACGGAAAGCGACAACGAGGGAAACGGGGAGCCUGCCACCUGA